GCAGGUCAAAAGCUCCCAACGCUCAAGAGCGUCAACGGUUACUGGAAACAUGAGACCCAAGGAAAGCUCAUCACGGAGUUCUUUUCGUCUCUCGAUAAGAUCUCGCCCUCAAUCAAUGACACCACGAUAGCAAAGCUGCGAAACCCGUCCGAAGGUCCACCCGAACCGAAGGCCAGCCCGGAUCAUGCUCCUGGUGACCGUUUUAUGGACCUUGGAAAUGAAGCACUGCUCGAUAUAGACUUUGCUAGCUUUGGCAUACCGGACAAAAGCCAGAAACGCCUACCUAUUCUUGUCAUCUUAAAUACAGUCAGACGAGUCUUCCCACAAAAGUACGAAAACGUAGAUUUCGGACACUCCUUGACUGCUCUUGAUUAUCUACGCGAUUUGGAGUUCACCAGACGCGACAAGUUACGCCAUGCUGCGGAGCGCCUCGAUAUCUCGUUGCGAAACUGGAAAUCGGUGCUGGCAGACAAUCCCGAUGCUUUGCGGUGGAUUGAGCUGGUGCAGAAAUACGAAUUGAUCAUUGAAGAAGGAUAUGCAAAUAUCUUCAUUGAUAUCCGGAUAUGGACAAUGGUUGCUGAACUUAAAUCCACGCCCUUCUACAAACCUAAUGUACUCGCAAUGCUAAACACACUCUUCCCUCCUGCCGUAAAGGAGUUGCCAAAUGACCGAAUCCAACCAAAGGUCCUGCACCAAUACCGCAGCUCCUUCUACCAAUACAUUACUGCGGUUGAGGCGAACGGCCCUUCGGUUAUGAAAGCUUUUGAACAGAAGCUGCAGGGGAGUGACAACAGACAUAGAUGGGGAAAUACCUGGGACAAUCUGACGCACUAUAUGGAGCUGGCUGAGCAAAUGAUCAAGCAAGCA